AGGCAGCUCUGCCGGGGAAGAAACUUUGUUGAGGCUUUGUCAGCAGCUGGUUUCUCCCUGACACCACUUGACCAGCACCUCCACUGCAAUGGGGCGGCAAAAGGACGUUCUUGCUACCAUUGAGGAGCACCUGAGAAUCAGAAACAAAUUAGUGCGGCAAGCACUGGCUGAGUGCCUGGGGACGCUGAUCCUGGUGCUCUUCGGCUGUGGCUCCGUUGCGCAGAUCGUGCUCAGCAGAGGGACUCAUGGAAGUUUCCUGACUGUCAACCUGGCCUUCGGCUUUGCUGUGACACUUGGCAUUCUGAUUGCAGGACAGGUAUCAGGUGGACACCUGAACCCAGCUGUCACUUUUGCCAUGUGCUUCUUGGCCCGGGAGCCCUGGAUCAAGCUGCCAAUUUAUGCCCUUGCACAAACCCUAGGGGCUUUCCUUGGAGCUGGCAUAGUCUUUGGGCUGUACUACGAUGCCAUCUGGGCUUUUGGCAGUAACCAGCUGUACGUAACAGGACAGAAUGGCACUGCUGGUAUCUUCGCCACCUACCCAUCUGAGCAUCUGAAUGUUGUGAAUGGAUUCUUUGACCAGUUCAUUGGCACCGCCUCCCUCAUUGUCUGUGUCUUGGCUAUUGUUGAUCCCUACAACAACCCCGUCCCCACAGGGCUGGAGGCUUUCACAGUUGGCUUUGUUGUCCUCGUUAUUGGAACCUCCAUGGGCUUCAACUCUGGCUAUGCUGUCAACCCUGCCAGGGACUUUGGGCCUCGUCUCUUCACAGCCAUCGCUGGCUGGGGCGCGGAAGUGUUCUGGACUGGCAAGCAGUGGUGGUGGGUUCCAAUUGUUGCUCCUUUCCUUGGGGCAAUUGCAGGAGUGAUAGUCUACCAGCUGAUGAUUGGAUGCCACGAUGAGCCUUCACCACCUGCCUCUGAGCAGGAAACAGUCAAGCUGGCUAACGUGAAGCACAAGGAGAGGGUCUGAGGAAGCUGCCACUCUGAUCUGGCAGGUAUUCAUUACUCAGGACUGCAGUUGGCAAAGAGGAGGAGGAGUUAAGAAGAGCUUCAAGAACAACAGGAAGAGUUUUUUACCUGUCUUGAGAUAUUCUAGUUGUUGGUUU